AUGGGAAAAAUACUUUUAGACAGAAAUGACUGUGCAAUCGUAAUGAAUGAGAGAAGGCAGCCAGCUAGGCAUUUCACUGAAGAUAAGAGGGCGUGGAAUAUGAAGAGAUGCAAAUAAGCUAGCUACAAAUAAACAAUUUAGCUAGCGAUCUUAUUCUCCCCAAUACCGCUAUGGCAGGAAUAAUAAAAAAACAAAUAUUGAAACACUUGUCCAGGUUCACCAAGAACCUGUCUCCAGACAAGAUAAACCUGAGCACACUGAAGGGCGAGGGUCAGCUGUCCAACCUGGAGCUGGAUGAGGAGGUGCUGCAGAACAUGCUGGACCUGCCCACCUGGUUGGCUGUCACCCGGGUCUACUGCAACAAGGCUGCAAUCAGGAUACAAUGGACAAAGUUGAAGACCAGCCCCAUCUGCCUGUUCCUGGACAAGGUGGAGGUGGAGAUGAGAACGUGUGAGGAGCCCCGUGCACCAAAUGGCCCCUCCCCUAUUGCCAUCACUGCUGGCCAGAGUGAGUAUGGCUUCGCUGAGAAGGUGGUGGAGGGUAUGUCAGUCAUCAUCAACUCCAUCACCAUCAAGGUGCAGUCCCGUGCCUUCCACGCCUCCUUCGAGCUCUGGCAGCUCCAGGGUAACAGUCUCAACCCCAAAUGGCAGAAGACUGACCUCCGCUACACCCGCAUCACAGACCCCAAGAGAGGAGAGGUUUUGACAUUUAAGGAGAUCAACUGGCAGAGUCUGCGUAUAGAGGCUGAUGCCAUAGAGAGUGAAGACCAGGACCUGAGCAGUAUCCCACUACGCCUCAUUACCAACCAGGGACGCAUCCGGAUCGCCCUGAAGCGCAGGGUGAAGGACUGUAAUGUUCUGGCCUCUAAGCUGCUCUUCAUUUUGGACGACCUGCUGUGGGUGCUGACGGACUCUCAGCUCAAAGCUGUCAUCCACUACGCCAAGUCCCUGAGUGAGGCCAUGGAGAAGUCUGCCCAGCAGAGGAAGAAUAUGGCUGCAGAGUCCCAACAGACUGCACCCCCAUCCCCUGGUAUCCACAAUCUAUGGACAGACCCUUCACCGCCUACCAGCGUUGGUGUACCCAGUACCCUGGACCAGUACUUUGAUCAACACGACGUCAAAGAGUCCUCCUACCACACCUUCAUCUCUCGUCUAGAUCUGCACAUAUGUAACGACAGCUCCUCAGCAGAUCCCGAUGAGCCUCCACCUCCAGGCUCCCAGGGUGCAAUGCAGUUGACCUUCCGCAAGCUGGGUUUUGACUACUACCCCAUCCACCGGCCUGCUGAUGGCUGUCAGCACUGGGAGCGUCACUGUGGAGCAAUGGAGGCCCGAGCCCAGUGGGCUUGCAGACUGCUGCAGGAGUUCCAGAGGAGGGUGGAGGCGUCAGGUAUCCCUGGUCCACACUCUGAGAUCCCCAACCAGGCCAAGGACUCCCCUGCCAAGAGGGCUCACGAUGGACAGCCCAGCCCCCCUGACAGGGAUCAGAGCUCCAGGAGGAACUCAAUAGCACCUCUUCCCCCAGGGAACCCUCUGAAGAGGCUCCGCUCUAGCUGUGUGGUGGUACGAUUGGACGACCUUGAUAUCCAUCAGGUGUCUACAGGGGGACGCCACAGCAAGAAGACCCAGUCCUUACUAUCAUGUAACCGCAAGGCCCUGAACCUAGCAGACAAUAUUCCAGCCAUCCACCUGCAAUUCACAGAGUAUUACUUCCCUGACAACCCCGGUUUGCCUGUACCCAACACUAACCUGUAUACCCAGCUGAACGGCCUACAGCUGUGCCUAGACCCAGCCAGUCUGCUGUGGGUCAACCUGUUCUCGCGGGGCCUGCUGCAUACCCUGGAGCAGGUCAAAGCCUUCUACCACCUCCAGGACGGCAGCAAGGCAGAGGAGCACGUGGACAUCCGCAUGGACGCAGCACAGAUCAAGUUGAUCAUUCCCCUGGAGUCAUCCAUCAUGGACCACCAAGACAGGCCCCAGUCCCUGAACAUCACUGUUCCCCAGACGGUCCUCAGCAACACCUGCCACUCCCCACACGGCACCCGGGCCGACCUCAACGCCACCUACAGCAGCUUCUCCACCUGCCACUUCUUCCAGUCCGCUCCCCCCUGCUCCUUCCCCCGAGACCAGAGCGCCUUUCUCCCCCUACCCUCUGCCUUCUUCCAGCACUCCCUGGAGAUGGAGCCCCAGCCCUUUUCUGACAUGAGGCCCCUCCGAGCCAAGGACGUCUGGUUCCUAAGUCUCUCCCGCCUGUCAGUGAUCUUCGAGGGGGCACGGAAAAGCAACAAGGGCAGAGCUCACCCCUUCGUGGAGCCUUUCAGCACGUCUGUGUGGAUAUGUCGUCCAUGUGCGUUUAAGGGCUGUUCCCUGGUCUCCUCUCCCAGUGAACCAGCUCCUGUAGAUCCCAACCAUGGAUCCUCAGAGCAGGAGAACCAGCUCCCUUCCAACCCUGACCACCCCAACCAGGACAGUAAAAAGGAGGCUCCAGUGGCCUCUAUUCACUUCCUGGCCCAGGCCAUCACACCGGUCAAAGUGUGGCUCAACCACUACCAGUAUGUGGCCCUGCUGCGGAUGAAGGACACCCUGGCCAGGCUGGGGGGCGAGCUGGGCCGGGACACCAGGGAUGCUAAGCAGGCCAUGGGCCAGGAGUCUGAGCCCCCUACGAUGUGCCUAGCCCUCCUAAUGGACUCAGUGGAGCUGGGGCUCCUGCUACCACCUGCAGCCAUGGAGCCAGAGGAGGAGGAGGCCCACACCCCAGGAUCUGAAAGCCUGACAGACUCCGACCUCUCCCCCACUCACCAGGUUACAUCGCCAGGCCCUCUGGAGGACAGUGGGAUAGGAAACGGUACUGCUACCGUCAACAGCUCUCCUCCCAUUGAGCAGGAAGUGGAUGGUGUGGUAGAGGAGGCCAGCGAGGCAGUAGAGGUCAUGGAGGGGGAGACAACCCAGGAGGAUGGUCCUGUCCCCUCUCCUCCCUUCUCCCCUGAACACCAUCCCUCCCUCCUGUCUAGGGACCCCUCUACCUUCAGCCUGGAGGAAGAGCUGUCCAACGCCCUCACCGCAACCAAGGACGUCACCAAAGAUGCCUUUAGUGCCUCACUGGACCUGACUAAAGGGGCGUUCUCCAUCACAAAAGAUGCCUUCAGCUUCAUGAGUCGCGGGGCGGGGAUGAGCAAGCUGUUCACUACACAGGCCAAGGAGCAGCGCCCCGAGGAGGGAUGCCCUAUGGCCAGUCUGCGGCUCCAGUCCAUGAAGCUGUCUCUCUCGCAAUACUCAUUUGACAGCGCCAUCCUGGACGGAAGCCUGCCCGACGACCACCUCUCAGUGGACAGCGACUCUAGCGACAACCUUCUCAUGGAUGAGUCAGGAGUAGAGUCCAUGAUGCGCCCCUACAGCACCCUGGGGCCCAUGGACAGUGGAGGCAGCGCUGCCCCGGGGACAGAGGGGGGGUCAUCAGCCGACCUGAGCAGCUCCCUGUCCCAGAGCAUUGAGGACAUCACACAGGACACAGCCUCUGUGUUGUUGCUGGUGCUCAGUGGUAUUGCCUGUGUGGCGGACCUGAAGGGAGAGGACCUGGUGGUGGCAGUGGAGGUCCAGCAUCUCACCUCCAGACAGAUGGGCAACGUAAGGGUCUCUGACCUGCUGGCCAGACAAAUGCCAGGUGGGUCCACCCUGGACCAGAGACAGCGCUGCAGGUCAGCUCCAGUGGUGGGCAUGCGAAUGGAGAUGGGUCCCUCUGCAGCACGGCACGGUCCCCUCUCUGCGUUGGUAGGUCACCUGGAGCUGGGUGUGCAGGGCUGUCGGGCGGAGCUCCUGGCAUCCACCCUGGCUACCCUGGGGCCCUUCCUGGAGGAUGAGCUCAGUGCUGAUGUCCAGCCCAUGAAGAUCCGCCUGGACAAUGUCACCAUCACUCUGAAGGAUGAUGGUCCCAAGAUCUACCCAACGGCCCCACAGCCCCAACCUGCCACCUUCACCAUAGACCAGGUGGUUCUGGAGCGCUCUGAUGAUGGCUUGUUGAGAAUCAAAGGUGGUGCAGGCCCAGACUCUGCAGGUGGUGCAGGCCCAGACUCUGCAGGUGGUGCAGGCCCAGACUCUGCAGGUGGUGCAGGCCCAGACUCUGCAGGUGGUGCAGGCCCAGACUCUGCAGGUGGUGCAGGCCCAGACUCUGCAGGUGGUGCAGGCCCAGACUCUGCAGGUGGUGCAGGCCCAGACUCUGCAGGUGGUGCUGUGGUAUGUUUGGAGGAACCAGACAGUUCUUGUUCUGUCCAACCACAGCAGAGCAAGAGUCCGUCCCUGGGGUCCCAGCUAUUGGAGGCUCAGUUGGCCCUCUCUCAAGCCCUCACUGACCGAGAACGUCUCCUCCUGGAGGUCAGGAAGUACGACCCCAUGUUUGACCUGUGACCUCUUUACUCCCCCGACCAGCAGAGUGCGAUAUACUGACACUGCGUCAAUAAGGGAGUAAAGGAACUGAAUGAAAUGUCUGGACCCAGGCAUAUGACAAUUUGUAAACAACAAAGAUGAGCACCCAAUGGUGGAAUCCACUCUGGUAGUUCGACAGCUCAAGCUCUUGUAAUGAAUUGUACAAACAGUGUGUCACUUCCAGAGAACACAUAGGGGGCCCUUGUAUUAACAAGAAGCCCCACUGGAGUCACUCUUUACACUCUGAGGUACAUAACAGGUACUAUUUUCAUCUGACAAUCUAAACGUGUUCCCUUCUGCUGUCCAAAAGCAGUUUUAAUUUAAACCACCAUAGAGAAUACUCAUUGUUGGGCUGCAACUCAAUGGCCAUUUAUCUUUGAUUUGAAGAACACAUGCCAAAAUGUGUCUUAUAAACUGGGUGGUUAGAGCCCGGAAUGCUGAUUGGCUGACGGCCGUGGUAUAUCAGACCGCAUACCACGGGUAUGACAAAACAUGUAUUUUUACUGCUCUAAUUACGUUGAUAACCAGUUUAUAAUAGCAAUAAGGCACAUCGGGGGGUUGUGGUAUAUGGCCAAUAUACCAAGGGCUGUGUGCAAGGCGUUGUGCAUAAGAACAGCCCUUAGCCGUGGUAUAUUGGCCAUAUACCACACCCAUUGUGCCUUAUUGCUUAAUUAUAUGCACUGUGUCUUAUAUGGCAGAGAACAGUCAGAGUUGUAAUUGAAGUCUGUUGAUGAUAUGUUUUCCUGUACAAAUCAUUCACUGUCAGGCAUGCUGUGUGAAGAUCACUAGUGUUUUAGGAAUCUUGGUGUGUGAGUUUACAAACAUCCACAAAGCUUCAAAGAUAAAACUGCUUGUCAAUGUUAAGUAGGUCCUGUCCAUAGUUGUACAUAAAUAUAGGUCUGUAUAGUUAGGAGCUGGUAGGUCUGUGUAGUUAGGAGCUGGUAUCUUAGAUGUGUUAAUGUAACCAUUGUUUAGGCCCAUAGUGUAUUAAAUAGAAGAGUAGGGAAAGAAAAGCACUUUGACUUCAAGCAGUACUGCACUGUAUCUGUAUGGAGCUCCUGUGAAUGGGAGCACCAGACAAACCUGCAUACCUAUCCCUUUGAUUGAUUGGUUGUGUAUCACAGGGUAGGGCAAGCUGUCUCCACACUGUUCAGACACCAGGUCAUUCCCCAGUGUUAUCUUUGCAUCAUAAAAAAAACGAUUACAUUUUGUGACUGUAAAACUAUAUUUGUAUUCUUCGUUUAAUGUUCAGCUGACGCAACCCUUUUGAGGAAAGUUUCCACAAUAGUUGUGGUACGUUAACUCAUUUAGUUUGUUACAUGAGGUGUACCCUGCCCUCAGACCGGUAUUACUUGAUCUCCUUAACUCACUCAUCUGCAUGGAGAAACACACAUUCUAGGCAUUCACUAAUACCUCACUGCAUGGAUGAAAUAUAGUGUUAUUCUUUUGAUAUGAACUUUUACAGGCAUGUAACAUGAAUUUAACUUUUUGCAGCUAUUGUCUUUUUUUAAAUGAUUUUCCAUAAGACAGUGUAGCUACUAGCCAUUUCAAACAAACACUAGUGGCACAGCCAUCAGAUCAAAGAAUAGAGAUAAUGAAUCUUAAUUGUCUAUAUAUGCACAAUAUAUGUAUAAUACUAAUCCUUUUAUCUACAGUAAAACUGACAGGUGCACUAAUGCCAAUUUGUUGAUGUAUUCCACCCAUUGGGUAUCUUUCUAUUGCUAUGUAAAAGUCGUGAAGUCUUUGUACUAAUUGGAAUCAUUUCUAGUAUUAUUUAAAGAUGUGGUUAUGAUUUAAUUAUAUAUUUUUGUAGCAAUUCUAGGGUAUGAUGUGGCGGUGACUUUAAAAGUAUUUAAGUUUUAUUAUUUGUAUGUUUUUUAGUAUUUAGAUUCGUAUUUGGUCCUGAUGAGGGAGAGGAGAGACAUUGGAGUAACGUUACGUAGAUCCAAGUCACAUUCCGCAAAACAAGUGUGAGUUGUGAGAAACUCAAAUGUAUCAAGAGACUUGUUUGUGUAUGUGGUACAGUGCUAACAAGUUAACUAAACAACCCUCAGUUGAGCUUUAGCAUCAUUCUCCACUCUCUUCUGAGUAGUAGCUUGAGACCUCUGGUGGUCAGAAUAAUAUGCCACUGAUUUUCUGGUUGCCUUCCAAUAUGAAUAUGAAUGACAGUGUUACUUUCUAAUUGUGGGAAGUCGCAUGAAGCAAUAGGAGGAAGUCUGUUUUGCCCAUAUCCUGAAAGGGAACAGUUUUUUUUAAUGUACAAAUGCCUAAAGUUAUCAAAUAAAAAAUGGUCUAAUGGUUCAGUUUUUCCCAUCCUGCAUGUUUUGUAUUUGAAAAUUCCCUCAAGGUCAGUCAGUGUAACAAAGCAGUGAUUCCGUUCUCAAUAAUAUCAGCAACCCUCAAACACAUGCUGCGCCCCAAUUUUUUGCUGAUAUUUGCUUUUUGGCAUGGCCUUGGCUGUCAGUGUGAUGGGGAAUGAAAAUGACACCCCCAGUUGGAAGGAUGCAGUUAUGUGAUUGACUGUGACUAAGUGUGUCUAAAAAUCAAUCCUCACCCCCUCCUUAGCACAACCCUGUUAGUAUCUCUCUGUCCGCAGCAGGGUGCCCACUCUGCCCCCAGCCAGCUCCCUCCUCACUGCCUGUCAAGUUACACUUCUACUGCAUCCCUUAUCUUACUUGGGUUACCAUGAGGUAUGGGGGUGGGACUGGGACACCCGGCCCCUCCCUACAUGGGCUGCUUUCUCUUCCGUCUUAGUCAUCAGAAUGACUUUGCAAAAAUAUUAUCAUUGUUGUGGAAGGAGUGAGUGCAUGCAUUGUAACUGAACUGAUUGUUCUUUUGCUCUAUACCUUGUGGAUUAUUUGCACUUUUAAGUGUGGUAUGUUCACUAGAAAAUGCACUUGCUUAAUGUGAAUCACUUAGAGCAGGGGUGUCAAACUCAUUCCACGGAGGGCCUAGUGUCUGCAGGUUUUUGUUUUUUCCUUUCAAUAAAGCCCUAGACAACCAGGUGUGGGGAGUUCCUAACUAAUUAGUGAUGUUACUUCAUCAAUCAAGUACAAGGGAGGAGCAAAAACCCGCAGACACUCGGCCCUCCGUGGAAUGAGUUUGACACCUGUGGAUCACACCAGAGGAUCAUCCCUGAUACUAAUGUUGUGGGAGGCCCUCUGACAGUAUUAUGUAAUAUUUGUGUAACACUUGCUUAGAAGUCAUCACAUCAUUGAAUAAGACUAAACUUGGUUCUGUGAACCAAAUUAGUAUGUGAAAUGUUUCAAAGUGAUAAACUAUUGAACUAACUUCGUCA